UUGUUGUUUGAUGUGUUGCUGGAGAAACAGUGCAUGGCUGGCGGUUUUUUGGGUCAUGAGUGUUCGUGGAUAUUAGAUAUGUAGCGAUAUUUUAUUAGUUGCAUUACAAGUCAAUUUGUAUGCAUUCAUUAUUUUAAGGGACAGUGACAUUUCGAUCCUUCAAGAUGACAGAAAUAGAAACACGACCAGAAGAAGUUGGACAAAUCCUGUUAAAGGUACAAGAUGAUAUCCGCCAGCUCCGAGAUAGAAUUAAUCAUGGGGACGGGGGCAGUAUUAACAUCAAGGAUCUGGAAAGUGCCCUAGCCAAAACUGAAGAAGGCCUACAGAUGAAGACAGAACAGGUGAUUAACCAUUACAACAACAAGGUUCAGACCCUGCCCACAGCUCUCAGCACCAGGUUUGACCCUGGAAUGGUGGCUAUGGAGCAAACCUGGGACCUCAAAACCAAGGCCAAGUCAGAGAUGAAGAGAGUUCAGGAUCAGCAAUACCUUGCCAGGGAGAAGCUAAGACAGCCACAACCUCCAGGGUCAUUGUUACCAAAACGACAACAGGUCCAGGUUUCAGGACCGUCACCAGGGCAACAGACAAAACACAUGUUAACACUAAGAGCUGUGCUGAACCCAAUGCAUGGACAAAACCGACAAUCUCUCAACGACAACUUUGGUAUCCAACUUCCUCUUAUACCACAGCGUGUAGAAAACAAGAAUAUCCCACGACCGAUUAUAGGAACCACAGUAGAACCACUGGCAGUUUUACCACGAGCCAAUAGGGUAGACCCACAGAUUGCCCCUCCCCCUAUAUCUGAAGACGAUGCUAGGAAAGGUAUCCUGAGUUUACUUGAGAGGGGUUUGAUCCCACCCGCAGCAGAGCUAACCUUAGACCCUUCACCAGUCCGACACAAGACUGCCCCCCUCCACGACCCACAUGUAAAAACUAAAGCACCUCAGCCAGAAAUGUCGCAUAGCCUAGCAGGAGUAAAAUUAGACAUAACGCCAACAAAGAAAGCAGAAAUUGAUGAUAAUGUGACGCGGAUACCCAUAGUCCCUCCGCACCCAUUGUCUGCCCAUAGUACGGAGACCAGGACCCCCUCGGCGAAGACUAGAGCUACCUCUGCCUCUAUGCCACAAAUAAAGACACCAGCCACCCUUAAAACCUUUGAUCUUCCACUUCAGCCGAUGCCGACAACAUUGCCAUCCCCUUCGCCUGAUCAGUCUGAUGGCCAUAGCCCAAUAAAUAAUGCUGCCAUUAGGUCGGCGUCAUCAAAGCGAGGCUAUCGAUUUCUCUUUAGUCCACCACCUACAACCCCCGCUAGUGGUGACAUCAAACACCUUACCCACAGGUUCGCCAUCCAGAAUGGAAAAAUACGGGACACGUCUGCCGAGUUUUUGUCUUUCAAACAGCACUAUUGUCUGACCUGGGGAAGUAUUGUAUCGAUGAUCAAACACCUGGAGAAGAUGACACAAGAAUUCAGUGUUCCUAUUGCCUUCAUCAAUGGAGACAAACUUGCUGACCUAUCUCUGGAGUUUGAGUUGGAGAAAGCUCCAAGUUUAGAUGAUCUAUUGGCUGUCAUUGUCAAUCGAGAGGAUGUGGAGGUCAUCAUGAACCGACCCGGGAGACGAUAUAAGGGGCCUAAUGGGAAAAAUGUGGCAGCAACUCGUAUCCAGUCAUCUUGGAGGAUGUUCCGGGAUCGUUCUGAGUACCUCGAAUAUCGUAAGAAGAAGUGGGCAGCAGGUGUUAUUGCCAUUUCUUGGAUCAUGAACAUAAAGAUGUCACAGGUCAAACAGAAACUCAAACAGAGUCGAGAAGAUCAACUGGAGGCAUUCAGGCGUAGGGCAAAGAAAUUUGCAAUGUCCUGGGACAGAAUUAAGCAGUCUAAGCGAGUGAUUAUCCAUGUGUCCUCCCUAGGACUGUCUCAGAACAUUAGAGACACCAUCCACGAGUUUGGGAUUCGACAGAACACACAGAUGGCCCGACUCUGUGAUAUUCGGGACCCCAAUGUGGAUGUAAUAUUCAUCUCGCCGGUACCCCUCAGUGAGGAAACCCUCCAAUACUACAGCAAACUGCUGGGCCUGAAGGCAGCCAUCGACUCCGGAAAUGUCGAGGACCAGUGUGUCAUGUCUGAGCGGUAUCGCAUCAUCACUCCAGACGCUAUCAAGAGCUUCCCAACCCAUAGGAUGUGUCUGUCCACACUCCUCAAGUACAGUCCACGCACCAUUAAACGUAUAAAAAACUUGAUAAAGGGGCGUGAGGCAUAUAUGGUGUCAGGUGUGCCCCACAGUGAUGAUCUGGCUGUGGCUGAUGAGCUGGACGUACCAAUCCUGUCACCGGAGCCGGAGGUGGCACACCUAUACUCCACUAAGUCUGGCUGUAAGAGGAUCUUUGCCAGUGCUAAUGUAGACCUUCCUCCCAGUGAAUACGAUGUGUAUAGCCUAGGACAGUUACAUGAAUGUCUGGCCCAACUAGUUACGGAAAACCUCAUGGUGAAGCGCUGGCUAUUUAAGCUUGAUGAUGAGUUUGACGGACGUGGCAUUGCAUAUUGUGAUGUGACAGAACACCUGCAGUGUUACCCAUGGGCGCUUAAGGAGUCACGGCGGUAUGGGGAGAAGUGGAAUAAAAAGUGGGCACAGGAAGCAGCUUAUAUUAAAAUCCAUGCAGAAAUUGCAGAUGUAUUACAUGCAAAUGCCAAACCAGUCCAAACAAGUAUUUAUGGGACCUGGGAUACAUUCUUAGAGGCCUUUCUCAGUCAAGGUGGAGUGAUUGAGGCAUGCCCGCCCUCAGAGAGCAUCACAACAUUAACGGUGGACAUGAUGAUUGAGCCAAACGGUAAAUACAACAUUGUGAGUUGUGGUGACCAGAUCCACGCCGAGACACCCUUCAGUUGUUGGGGUGUAUCAGUACCUCAGUCCUCUGUAGAACCGGAUGUACUCAACGUCGCCUGUAAAAAAAUUGCAGAGGCCUGCAAAACUAGGGGUAUUCUGGGAUACUUCUCCGUCGACUUUGUGACAUUUAUAGAUCCUAAAACUAUGGAUCAACGACUGUGGGCGUUAGAUCUAAGUCUACAUUACAGCGACAGCCUGGCCAUGUUCCAGCUCAUGUCUUAUGUCAGUAAUGGUGUCCUUGAUCCAGUCAAGCAUGUCCUCAAUGUUCCGAUGAAUAAGCAAGAGAAACGCCAGAGGAGGCGACGACUUGCUGGCCAGGAAGAGGAGCAAGAGCCUAACACAAGUCGGUUUGGAGUGAUGAGUACCCGCCUGUUACACACAAACUUGGCCGUCGUCCACUACAGUGUGUUCUUCCAGAUGUGUCGGGCUCAUGGCAUUGGUUACGAUAUCAAGGAGAAGCAAGGAACAGUAUUUACUCUGAUUGACAGUUUCAACAGGGAAAGGUUGGGUAUGUUAACCAUUGGUGACAAUCUACAAGGAGCCCUGGCUACAUUUGCUAGGAACAUGUCGGUGAUUCAUCAGGAGAUCUCCGCACCCAACAUGCAGGGUGAAACCAACUUUAAGAGUGCAAUAGAAGAUGUUGAGGGAAUUCUGGGUACAACUAUUGAGAAUGCAGAUGAACCAGAAGAGGAAACAAAUGAACAGUCGUGAAAUUUCCUACAAAGGGAGAUAAUUUAUAGCAAAAGUCCAUUGAUGUUCUGUUCUGAACACUAAUUGUAAAUGUCUCUGUGACUUUCAUUGUUCAAUUAUACAAAGCAUGCUCAUCAUCUUGUAAACAAUUUUUCAAGAAAAACAUGUUAUUGACUAUUCUUCAAGUCUGUUUAACAGUAUAUGUACUGGACCGUUUCUCUAAGAAAAUAAGGCUUUUUAAACUUUUCUCAAAGAGGAUUAAUGCAUUAGAUAGGGAAAGUUUAAAGUUUUAUGUUCUUAUAAUAAGUAUCUAUAUCUAUUGUUUACUUGAUCUUACUGGUGCUGCCAUGCCCAGCAUUACAUAGUGAAGGGCCAUAACACUAGAUAAAGUACAGCUGGUUUUCCAGGCCAGUUGAAGAGAAGUAUUUGGCUGUGAUAUUGUUUUACUGUUGUCUUCACUUUUGUGGAGCUAUAUUUAUUGUUUUACACAAUGUGAUAAAAUUACGUGCAGUGGUAUAUAAGGACAACUAAGGAUCAGCAUUAGUCAACAAGUUUACCGAGAUGUAACAGGUAUCUUUGUUCACAAAUCUGAUGCAUCUGUGUUCUUGUUUUGGUAAAAUUUCCUCAGAGAAACCAAGAUAUCAGAUGAUAAAGAGUACUUAAACUUAGUCAAAAGAUCAUCUAUUGGAAUGAAGUUUGACUUUUUACUCAAAACAAUAAUAUAGUAAAAACAGAAAAAAUCAUUGGGGUUGGUAUGUGUGUGGGAUCAGUAUUGUUGGAAAAAGGACUGCUACAUGUGAUUUCACAGAAGUUAAUAUCUCAGAAAGUGUAAACAUGUAUAUGUAUACAUUAUGUAUAAAUGUGUAUAUAUAUUCUUAAUUGAUACCCUGUUUAAGAGUACCUUCAAUGCAGGUACUAAAAAAGACCUGUAACAAAUUUCAUUUAAGUGUUCAAAUAAACAACCAUCAGUAUUAAUAAGAGAAGAUGGAGUUAGUUUGUGACAUAUGUUUAAAGAUUACAAGCAUUCUGUUAUUUUGACAAAAUUGGCCCAAUAUAUAAUUUAUUGAAUCAGAACGGAAUACAUUACAUUACAUGUAUAUGUAUGGAAUAUUUUCAUGUUUGCUUUUCAUCAUUUUUCUUAAUCCAUCAUAAAUAAAUCCUCAAUGAGAAAUUCUACUUUUACACCAUGAUAAAUAUGAUGUAAUAAUAUUCAAAUGACAUGUAUUACCAUAUAUUAUACUUUGUGAGUUUAAUUCCAAGUGUAAAAACAGAAACAAUGUCAGGGAGAGUUUGUUUCCUGACAUAAAUCAAAGCACUUAAGUCUAGAAGAGUUUAAUUCCAGACAACAUGUGUACCAAAGUACUAGUAAGUUGGUGCUCUAUAUUGAUUUAGAUGUAUUUUAUUCUGUGAUUUUUUUUUGUUGAAACUCGUUGAUGAACAGUCUGGAGUAAUUAUAUACUGUCCACAAUGGGACGAAAAUUAACAAAAUAUUCUAAAACAAUUUUAUGAAGUGAAAUGUCUUUUUCAAAUGAUAUUUUACCUGAUGUAUGACAAUUAGUUUUCCUCUUUAAUCCAAACUGAAUCCCUUAAAAUCAGAUGUACAUAUUUUUAUACCUUAUACAAAAUACAUUUUUCCGUCCAUUUUAUUAGUAAAGGUAUACAAAAUGUAGGUCAUUAUCUUUACAUCUCUCCGUCCAUUUUAUUAUCAAGCAAAUGUGCUUAUUUUCGUAAUGUGACACACUGUUAGUCUUGUUUUUUGUUUUCAAGAUCACCUGGAACAGAUGAUAAUACAUAUAUGAAAAUGACCUUGCUCUAUAACUUCUCAAUGAUGU